CUUGUUUGCCAUCUCAGACCAUUCCUGUUUGGAUUUCACACAGGCGCUUCGCACCCAUCCAUGCUGCCUGUGUGCCUCAGCUGAGCCUGCCCUCCGUUCAUGACCACUUUGCAGACUGGCAUGGACUUCCACCGGAAUUGUUCACCUUGCCAUUUUUUUGGAUUUGCAUUUCCGGAGAUUGGGGAUGGGGGAAAGAGCCAUGGACUGCCUUCCACGGGACUUCAGAGGUGAUGCUCCCUGUCCUGCAAUUCUGCUACACCCUCUUUGCCUCCUGAAGAAAAGAUAACCCCGGUCGAUGUUGGGGAACGGCAGCGGCCAAAGCUCCAAUUGCACGGACCGAGGCCAGGCCUUGGCUGGGGAGGUCUGCAAGUUGCUCCUCAUGGUGUUCCUGAUCAUCACCAUCACCCUUGGAAAUCUGGUGAGCCUCCUGGUUUUCCUGUGCAGCCAGCAGUUCAGAACUUCUCAAGCCUACCUGAAGGCCUCUUUGGCCUUGGCUGACUUGGCUGUGGGACUCAUUGUGGUGCCUUACUCAGUUUACAGGGAAGUGAGCAGGUUGGCCUAUGGGAUGGGACAAGACACUGGUCCAGCUGACCGGCUAGCCUGCCUCAUCACUGGCCCCAUCUUUGCGGGCUGCACCUUUGUCUCAAUCAGCACCAUCUGUCUGUUGUCGGUGGAGAGGAGUGUAGCUGUGCUGAAGCCCUUGCACAGGAAAACAGUGAUCACCAAACGCAGGACUGUUUGGCUCAUCCUUGCCUCCUGGGCUGUGAGCUUCUGCUUGGCAGUGAUACCAAUGCUUUCCAGCCCUGAUAUCACCUUCCAGUACAAUUCCUGCAGCAAGUUGUGCAACUAUGCCUUUCCACCCCACCAGCUGCCUGGAUCCCAUUGGAAUGUCAUGCUACUGUACCCGGUGUUUGAUUUCUUCGUCUUGGGGGUCACCUUUGUCAUCAACGCUGUCACCUUUGCCACCCUCCACCAGUACUGCAAGAUGCGGAAGCAGCUAGGAGAGGAGUCGCAGAGUGGCAACCGGCUCUCCUUCUCAGACAUUACUGCUGCCAAGACCAUUGGUAUCCUGACCGCAGCUUUCUCAGUUUCCUUCUUCCCCGUGGCUGUGUUUGUGGUGGGCUCUGUGGUGGGUUACCAGUGGUGCCAGUUCUCCUUUUAUGCCUUCUGGAUCCUCACUUCCAACAGCUGUUGGAAUGUGGCCAUCUAUAGCAUUUGGGACCCCAAGUUCCGGCAGGGGCUUUGGCAGCUGUUUCACAAGCCAGUGCAGACACCGGUGUCCUGGCACCCCAGCCGCUCAUUAGAGGGGCACACUUCCGCCCCUGCCUGUGUGGUAGUUCUCAAGGAGAUGUUCCGCCCAGAGAGUAUUUGAGGGCACUAUUGGAUUCUGCCAUUUUGUUGAGUGGGCUACUGUGUUCAUGCUUCAGAACAAUCUGAAGUCUUAGCUGGACAUGCUGGGUCUUUAAAUAGUCAUUCUGACAUCUAUGGUUAUACCUUUGUAGAGUGGUUUCUUUCCAAAAUGUGUUCUUAGGA